UGUACACAAUUUUGAGUCCCUCGGCUUCCCUCGCCUUUGAUCAUCUUCAUCUCGCUCGAUUCUCGCUCUGUCUCCUCAUACUGUGCAAAAUAACGGAGACGGAAGCGGAGAAUUACGAGCAACGUCAUUGUCAUAUGCUCCCACCCUCGCUUCCAGCAAAACCCUAUCGAAGAACCUCGUUCUCAGAGUGAAAGGGAAAAAGAUGGAGAAAGCCGCUCAUAGUGAUGAAGCUGAUGAGAUGCCAUCUUUGCACCUGCCAAUUUCCGGUGCCCCAUAUGAUGCUGAGCCCAAACAGACAGUCCCCAUUAAGUAUUCUGUUGUCAGUAGGCAUGGGUUUGGGACUGUGGGGAAACACGUGUCAUUGCUUGCCAAUCAUUUCCAAGUUUCUAUUGGUGUUCCAGAUGCAGUAUUUUUCCAGUAUAGUGUUUCUAUUACUUCAGAACAUGAUAGAGCUGUCGAAAGCAAGGGCAUUGGGAGAAAACUGAUUGAUAGGCUUUACCAAAACUACUCUUCUGAACUUGGUGGCAAAAGGUUUGCCUACGAUGGAGAGAGAACUUUGUAUACAGUGGGUCCUCUGCCACGUCAAAAGUUUGAGUUCAAAGUUGUACUUGAGGAAUCAUUAGCAAAAUGCAGUAGUUCUGGGAGUCCUGGUGGUGAUGGCAGCCUUAGUGUUGGAAAUAAAAGGUCAAAGCAUUCUUUUAAGUUAAAGACUUUCAAGGUAGAGAUAAGUUUUGCUUCCAAAGUACCCCUGCGGUCCAUUGCUUUUGCCUUAGGCGGAGUUGAGUCAGAUCCUAACACUCAGGAUGCUUUGAGAGUGCUUGAUAUCAUUCUGAGGCAACAAGCAGCUAGCAUGGGUUGUCUUUUGGUAAGGCAAUCGUUCUUUCAUGAUGACUCGAGGAAUUACAUUGAUGUUGGAGGUGGGGUAACAGGAGUUCGAGGUUUUCAUUCCAGCUUUCAUCCUACUCAGGGCGGAUUAUCUCUCAAUAUGGAUGUGGCAACAACAAUGAUCUUAACCCCUGGACCUGUAAUUAAUUUUCUCCUAUCCAACCAGAAUGUGAAGGAACCUCGUUAUAUUGACUGGGCAAAGGCUAAGAAAAUGCUUAAAAAUUUAAGGGUACGUGCAUCUCAUCGCAACCAAGAAUAUAAAAUUAUUGGCUUGAGUGAAAAACCAUGUAAUCAGCAACUUUUUAGUAUGAAGGUGAAAAAUGGUGACGUCAGUAAUGGGGUGGAGACAGUGGAUAUUACUGUAUAUGAGUAUUUUGCUAAACACUGUAGCAUAGAACUGACUUCCGCAUAUCUUCCUUGCCUUGAUGUGGGGAAGCCGAAAUGGCCGGUCUAUCUGCCCAUGGAGCUUUGCUCGCUCAUUCCCCUUCAACGUUAUACAAAGGCAUUAUCUCCAAUCCAAAGAGCUUCUUUAGUUGAAAAAUCACGACAUAAGCCUCAAGAUAGAAUCAAAACGAUAACAAAUGCUAUGACACAUCAUCACUAUGAUGAUGAUCCUGUUCUUGUGGCAUGUGGCAUUUCUAUCAAGAAGGAAUUUACACAAGUUGAAGGUCGAGUUCUUGAGACUCCAAAAUUGAAGGUUGGUAAGAAUGAUGAGUGCUUCCCUCGUAAUGGCCGAUGGAACUUUAAUAACAAGACACUUCUACAACCAACUCACAUUAAUCUCUGGGCUGUUGUCAACUUUUCAGCUCGUUGUGAUACUAGUUACAUUUCAAGGGAGCUUAUCAAAUGUGGAAUGAACAAAGGAAUUCAAAUUGAACGCCCAUAUACUUUGAUAGAAGAAGAUUCACAAAUUAGAAGAUCUAGCCCUGUUGCUAGGGUUGAAAAGAUGUUUGAGCUGCUAUAUGCUAAGCUUCCUGAAGAACCAAACUUAAUUCUUUGUGUCUUGCCAGAACGGAAAAAUUGUGACAUUUAUGGACCUUGGAAGAAGAAAUGUCUGACUGAAGUUGGUGUUGUCACACAGUGCAUUUCUCCUUUGAAGAUCAGUGAUCAAUACCUCACUAAUGUACUUCUUAAAAUCAAUUCUAAGCUUGGAGGAAUAAAUUCUUUGUUGGCCAUAGAGCAUUCAGGGCAUAUUCCCCUGAUAAAUGAUACUCCAACACUGAUUUUAGGAAUGGAUGUCUCUCAUGGUUCCCCUGGUCAAUCAGAUAGUCCAUCAAUAGCAGCAGUUGUUGGAUCUAGAUGUUGGCCCCUAAUUUCAAGGUAUAGAGCAUCUGUGCGAACCCAAUCAUCUAAGGCAGAGAUGAUUAAUACUCUAUACAAACCUUUGGAAGAAGGGAAAGAUGAUGGCAUGAUCAGAGAACUACUUUUGGAUUUCUAUCAUUCAAGUAAUGGACGGAAACCAACUCAAAUUAUUGUCUUCAGGGAUGGAGUUAGUCAGUCACAAUUUAAUCAGGUUUUGAACAUUGAGCUGGACCAGAUAAUUAAGGCCUAUCAACACCUUGGAGACGUUGAUAUUCCCAAGUUCACUGUAAUUGUGGCACAAAAGAAUCAUCACACAAAGUUGUUUCAAGACAAUGGUUCAGAAAAUGUCCCUCCUGGGACUGUCGUUGACACAGAAAUCGUGCAUCCACAGAAUUAUGAUUUCUAUAUGUGUUCACAUGCAGGGAUGCUUGGAACUCCUAGGCCAGCACAUUACCAUGUGUUACUUGAUGAGAUUGGUUUCUCAGCAGACGGCAUACAGAAUUUAGUCCAUUCGCUGUCUUAUGUGUACCAGAGGAGUACAGCUGCAGUCUCAGUCGUGGCUCCCAUAUGCUAUGCCCACCUUGCCGCUGCUCAGAUGAGAAAAUUUUUGAAGUUUGAUGAUUCAUCAGAGACAUCCUCAAGUUUCACAACUGAACUAGAUGCUGCAACCGAGCUGCCGCGGUUGCAUCGGAAUGUUCAGAGUAGCAUGUUCUUCUGUUGAGGUGUUGUGUUAGUUGACUGCUCUUGGUAAAUACUCUAAUUUUUAUCAGCCAUUGAUUUUUGACACUGUAAAUAUACGGCAUGUAGGUUUGGAUGGAGGGAAAAGUGAGGAGGAUUUUCUAAAAAUAGUAAAUUUUUUUAUUA